AGUGAGCUGCGGCUAGUCGGUGGGGAGGGAUAUGCGCCUCCUCCUCGGUGCUUUAGUUACACCCCAGGAUAUACCUUUUUUGCUUGAUGGAUAAAGUGCCUCGGCGUGGACGGCUUGCCAGUGUGUUAGUGUAGUGCGUGUGCGGAUACUCCCUCGCGCCGGGGGAAGACAGUGCUCAAAAUCCAUGCCAAAGAGUCCGGAAUCAUGGGUCGGCGUUAAUCUUCUCUCCUGACCCAUCUCUCUCAGCGGCCAACACUCAAGAUGGAGUACGAAAAGGGUGACCUAGUCUGGUUUGACCCCGGGCUCGGCUACGUGCUGCCCGGGGAGGUCAUGGAGUUCCACAGGGCAGGGCAGGUCAUCACGGUCCAGGCUGUCAUCGGUGGAAAGGCCCAGGUGUUCACCCUCACCAACCUGUCGUCGGUGCGGAGGCGACAGGACUUGGGACCGACAGGCGUGGACGACAUGAUCAGCCUCUCUGAUUUGAACGAAGCGUCGCUCUUGUGGAACCUAAAGAUCCGAUAUGACAAGGAGAUGAUUUACACGUACACGGGCAGCAUCCUUGUGGCAGUCAACCCGUACCGCAUGUUCGAUAUUUACGGCCUGGACAUGGUGAAGAAAUACGAGGGACAGAUUUUGGGCACGUUACCCCCACACAUUUUCGCCAUCGGUUCGGCGGCUUACUCUCGCAUGAGCAAGGACUCGACCAACCAGUGCGUAGUGAUCAGCGGGGAGUCGGGAGCUGGCAAGACUGAAUCGACGAAGCUGAUCAUGCAGUACCUCGCCGCCGUCAACAAGUCCCAGAGUAACCUGAUCACGGAGCAGAUACUGGAAGCGUCGCCCCUCCUCGAGUCCUUCGGCAACGCUAAGACCGUGAAGAAUGACAACUCGUCUCGCUUCGGAAAAUACCUUGAAGUGUUCUUUAAAGACUCUCCCCCUCCCUCCUCUUCCUCCACCUCCUCUUCUUUCUGCAAAAACGGGGUGAUCACGGGCGCCAAGAUCACCGAGUACCUCCUGGAGAAGUCCCGUAUCGUGACCCAGGCACCGGAGGAGAGGAACUACCACGUCUUCUACGAGCUGCUCGCCGGCUUGCCCGAGGACCGCAAAGCCAAGUACGGCCUCACCACGCCCGACAAGUACUUCUACCUCAGCCAGGGAGGAGGAUGGCAGCUGGAGGGGAAGUAUGACGGUGAGGACUUCCAGGCGCUGCUCUCCGCCAUGCAGGUCCUGGGUUUCACGGCGGACGAGAAGGACACCAUCUUCAGGAUCCUGGCCGCCGUGCUCCACCUGGGCAACAUCUACUUCCACCGCAAGCAGCUGAGGCACGGGCAGGAGGGCGUGGAGAUGGGCACGGACGCCGAGAUCAAGUGGGCAUCACACCUGCUGCAGAUCGACCACGUGGGCAUCAAGCGCGCGCUCACCACCAAGAUUACCGAGGCGCGGAACGAGCGGGUGUUCACGCCCCUCAACAUCAACCAGGCCCUGGACGCCCGUGACGCUGUGGCCAAGGCUCUCUACUCCUCGCUCUUCUCCUGGCUGGUGCGCCGCGUCAACCACAUCAUCCACAAGGGCGCCCGCAAGACCCACAUCUCCAUCCUUGACAUAUUUGGUUUUGAGGCGUUUAAGGAAAACAGUUUCGAGCAGCUGUGCAUCAACUAUGCCAACGAGAAGCUGCAGUUCUACUUCAACAAACACAUCUUCAAACUGGAGCAGCAGGAGUACGCCAAGGAGAAGAUUGACUGGCAGAGCAUCGACUUCCAGGACAACUUGCCGGUGAUAGACUUGAUCGCCCGCAAGCCUGUGGGAAUCCUGCACCUCCUGGACGAUGAGAGCAACUUCCCCAAGGCCACUGACCACUCCUUCCUCGAGAAGUGCCACUACAACCACGCCCUCAAUGAACUCUACUCAAGGCCCCGGCUCUCCUCCAUGGAGUUCGGCAUCCAGCACUAUGCCGGCCAAGUGUGGUACAGUGUGGAGGGCUUCCUGGACAAGAACCGGGACACACUCAGGAACGAUGUGGUGGAGCUGCUCAUCUCCUCCAAGCUGCCGAUGCUGUCAGAGAUGUUCCUGGAUGUCCGCCUGGGCUCGGAGAACAAGACCCUGACCAAGGCCAACGGGCGGUUUGUCACCAUGAAGCCCAGAACGCCCACUGUGUCGGCUCGCUUCAAUGAUUCGCUCACACACCUGAUGGAGGGCAUGGCCAAGUGCAAUCCCUGGUUCGUGCGCUGCAUCAAGCCCAACGCCGAGAAGGCCGCCCUCAAACUGGACAUGCCGUGUGUGCUGGAGCAGCUGCGUUACUCCGGCAUGCUGCAGACCAUACACAUCCGGCAGCAAGGCUUCCCUGUGCGCCUCAGGUUCUCCCACUUUGCUGAGAGAUACCGCUGCCUCAUACCCGGCCAGGUGCCAAGGGGGGCACCCUCCAAGGAGAUAUGCCGUGCAGUCUUGGAGCGAAGAAAAAGUGGAGGAGCCUCUCGAGGAAGCUAUCAGCUGGGGCUUACUAAGAUCUUCCUGAAGGAGGCACUGGAGCAGACCCUGGAGGAGGAGCGGUACCAGACACUCUCACACUCAGUGGUCACCCUCCAGCGCUUCGUGAGGGGCUACCUGGCACGCAGGAGGUUCCGUGCCCAGCAGCGCGGGGCGGUGGUGGUGCAGGCAGCAGUACGCAUGUGGCUGGCUCGCCGCCGCUACCGCACACUGAGGGAGUCUGUGGUGAAGGUCCAAGCACUGGCCCGGGGCAGGAGCACCAGGAAGCACGUCCAGAGGCUAAAAGAGGAGCUGAACCGCCGGCGUCUGGCAGAGCAAGUGGCCAAGCAGCGGGCAGAACGCGAGGCCCAGCAGAACAAGGCUGACCAGGAGCGUGUGCAGCGGUCAGUGGCUGGCGUCAACCACCUGGAGAUCCCUGCUGAGCUGGCCUUCAUCCUCUCCAAACUUGGAAACCAGGAAGAGGAGCGAGGGGUGACGCGUGCCGGGGCUCCUGUGCGGCCCACUGCCACACACUACUCUCUGCCGCACGACAUUGACUACCAUGCCUUCUCUAAGUUCACCAGCAUUUACUUCAAGUCACACAUUUGGGGCAUGAAAAGGGAGCCUAUCAAGACGCCAUUCCUCUCCAAGUCCCGCGAUGCCGACUACAGCGACUCUCUGGCCAUGUUUAAGCUCAUCCUGCGCUUCAUGAAUGACCCGGCACUCUCAGGCACCCGGGAAGUUGUCCUUGGAAACUACAUUGCCAACAAGGGCUUGAGUAAUGAAAGGCUGCGUGAUGAGAUCUUCUGCCAGUUGUGCAACCAAACCUGGCGCAAUGAAAAUACUGCCAAUUCAGAGAGAGGCUGGCUGCUGCUGGCCAACUGCCUCUCUGUGUUCCCUCCCUCAUCCACUCUCUACAAGUACAUCCUCAAGUAUGUGUCGGACCAUGGGCUGGACGGUUUUGCUGGCCUGUGUCAGAGGAAGCUGCUGUCCUCCCACAAGCGUUCAGGCGGUGUGGCGCGUUCCUGCCCACCCAUUGAGCUGGAGUGGCGAUCCAACCGCAAGAAGGCAAGGAUGGCCCUGGAGGCUCGCUUCCCUGAUAGCAAAGUAGGUCUUGGUGAGGUGGACUCCUGGACCACAGCCGAGGAGUUUGCUGCCAACCUGCUGCAGGAGCGCGGCAUCAUGGAGACCUCAGGCUGGACCGUGUCACUCACCCAGGAUGACACGGUGGUGGAGACGCCCGGCCUGGAAUACGUCCUUGACCUCAUCGGGGAGAGGGAGCUGCCGCCAUCCUUCCCUAAGUGUCCCUCGAGCCACCUGAACACUGGUGCCCCCUCUGAGCGCCGAGUGUCAACCACUGUGCCGCUGCCAGUGGUUGAAGUGACAGAGGCUCCACCUAUUGACGAGUCUCCUGUGGUUGCCAGAAGGACCCGUUCUCCCCCGGCUCUCACUCGCAAACUCUCCCGGGAGGCUUUGGAGGCACAUGACCAGGUGAUGAACAGUAAUGAAACAGUAGGAGUCACAGGCACAGGAGCAGCAGCAGGGGCGGCAGGCGGGGAUGGCAUUGUUGGCCUCUCUCGCACAUCAGCCCUUAACAACCGCUACUUCGAUGACAAGGCAAAGAGCAGAUCAUUGGACAACCUGCUAGAAGGGCCACCAGAUAUUCAGAUGCUUGGGCUGUCGAGGAGCAAGCUGAAUGAGCGCUACCACAGUGUUGAGCGCUUGGUGAGUGAAACGUCGGGGAUGGUUAACGGUCAGGAGAUCAGCGCCCACGACCUCGACAACAUGGAGUCUGUGUCCCAGCGUGGCGUCCCCAAGUCCCUCUCUGGCUCCAGGACGUGGAAUAAAUACGACUUGUUGGAGGAAAGGAGUGCGGCAGACGAGGAGACCAAGACGGAGUACUCCCGAAGCUCCAGCCGCUACAUCAAGGGAGGCCAGGCAGGGCGGCGGGGGCCCGGGGGAGGGUGGCACCAGUCAGCACGCGCCCAGCUGGAGCGGGAGUACAUGAAGUCUUCUGCCAUGUCGGACACCAGUGAGGCGCCCUCCCUAGCCUCCCACGUGCGGCGGGUGAGGGUGCCAUCCCAGGCCUCAGAUGUGGACCAGUUCCUCGACGACCUGUUCAUGCCCGUCCUCAACUCCCAGCUGGACGAACUCUCUGAUGCUCGCUCUCUCGCCGCCUCCAUCAAGGGCGGUGGCCACCCUGCACACCCACAGUCAACACCUGAGCUGGAUGACCUAGAUGACUCCAUAGCCCUGGCCAGGACUCGCCAGGGAUCCUUCCGUCGGCAAAGUAUGCUCCAUGCCCUGCAGGAUGUUGACCUGAACGAAUCCCUCACAGCCCUGGCUGACACCCCGCUGCUAGCCCAGGCACUGAAGGGGGGAGGUCAGGGGGCAGCUGAGGUGGACACAGGAGCCCCGACCACCACUGCUGGGGCCACUUUCUACCCCAAUGUGUCCAUAUCAGGAGCCCCAGGCUCCCCCCCACCUUUCAGCCCCCCAGGCACCUUACCUCUUUACUCUGCUGGAGGAAUUCACUUGCCAGGGAUGCCCACAACACCUCAGGCAGGUAACCUGAGUCCCACCCAAGUGGCAGUGCAGCAGCAGCAUCUGCAGCGAGCCUUCCUGCAGUCUGCCGUGGCACAGAACAUUCAGAUCCAGCAGCACCUCAUGGCACAGAACCAGGCGCUGCAGCAACUCCUCUCCCAGUCUGUUCCGCACCUCGCUCAGUCUGCUCGAGGCAUUAACCCCCAAGACGCCUUCCGCCUCGGUAUGUUGGGUAUGAUGCCUCUCACUGGUAUGCCUAUGGCGCCACAAAUUCCCAUGGCCCAGGGGAUGGCCAUGGCUGGUAUGACACCUAUGGCAGCAAAUAUCUCCAUGGCUGCUGGUAUGCCUCUGGCUCCUGGUAUGUCUAUGAUGCCUGGUGGGGUGCCUCUCACACCCACCAUGCCUGUUGGGGUGAUGCCCCAGGCCAGCACUGCCACAACAGGCCAGGGGGAGGUGUCAGGGGUGGCUCAGGGCACGUCAGGUGGCAGGGUUCACUACCAGGUGGGGGGAGACACGUACUCCCUCCCUCAGAGACGCCCCACCUCCACUGCCACCACCACCACCACCACCACAACCACCAUCACCAACAACAGCAACAACAAGGUGUCCUUCCAAGAGCCGGAGCAGAGUGAACUGUGGAGCACCGAGAAGGCUGCAGCGGGAGGUGCCGAGGGAGGGGCCGAGGGAGGUGCCGGGAGUGAUCAGCGGUUUAUGGGUGGAGCACCUCUGUCGCCUCCCCCUCCGCUGGUCAUGCCUGGUACCAUGAUGGCCUCUCCCCCCAUGUUCUCCCAGGCUGCUGCUCUCUCCUCUCCCAUCGCUGAGCAGACACAGAAGAAACACUCAAAUGCCUCUGAUGAUGCCAAGAUGCUGCACGACUAUAGCAUGGUGCAGCCUUCCAGUGGACAGCCCCACGGCCAGCUGCUAAGCCCCACUGAGUCCCCCUGGGGUGGUGUGGUGCCCCCUCCUCCCCCCAUGCCCACACAUCUCAACCCUGAGGAGAUGGCGGCUGGCGGGUUCAUGGACCCAUAUCAGCGUGCCAAGACAGUCAGGAUCGGCAAGUGGCGAUGGCCACCCCCCAAGGGAGAGGAGGACCCCAACGACUCCUUCCUCCAGUUUAAGAUCCGUCAGCAGUCUAAGAGAAUGUCCAAACAACAUGAUGGCAGGGACGGGCAGCUAAGGCAGAACAGUCAAGAAAGCUUCACAAUUGAGUGGGAAGAGUUUGAGGUGGGCGGCCCCAACACCAGCAGCAGCGCUGAGCCGUCCCCCCGCAAAGAGAGUUCACACCAGCACAUGACCCAGCACCAGCAGUCAUCCCAGCACACCGCACACCAGUCCUCUCAGCAUUACAGUCACCAGUCAUCUCAGCACGCCUCACACCAGUUCUCCCAACACAUGAGUCAUCAGUCACAGCACUCGGCCCAUCAGUCAUCCCAGCAACACACACACCAAACCAACGGCCAUGCUCACAACACCUCAAAGGACAAGAUUGAUGGCAAGGAGAAGGGGGCUAGGAAACGAAGGGACUCGUGGGGUAAUCCUGUUGAUGAUGGGAAGAGUAAGGAAGGAAUCGGCAAACUCAAGAUCUCCAGGGAAAUGAGAGAGAAGCUGGAGGCCGUCACCUCCUCCCACCCCUCAAGAACUCAGAAAGGCCCGGUGAUGGCAGCAGCACAGCAGCAGCAGAAGCAGCAGCGUGGCAUCAAGAAGCUGGAGGCUCACCGACGCAACCUUCUGCAGCACCAGCUUGAAGGGGACAAGUGGGGGGACACCGUCAACUCGGUGAAGAUGCUUAAACCUGAGAAGGGCGGCUCUGUGCCCCCUCCUCCCCCCGUGGCCCCAGCUAACAUGUUCCUUAGUCGCCGCCCUCCUUCCCCAACCCAGUCUCUGUCCUCCCAAGAGAGUACCCCAGUCAUUCCCCAGCCUCGGUCACCUCCCCCGCCCAUCCAGCCGCCCUUCCGCUCAGGUGUUGCCCAUGACUUUGACUCUGGCUCUGAGCGGCGACAGUCUGUGUCCACGAUGCACACCGAGAAAACAGAACACUUUGAACUGGAGGAGUCUUCAGAGUUCCUCCCAUCGGUGGACAGCGCGCCGGUGCUCAUUGAUGAGGAGCUGGAGAAGAGGUCAUACGAGGGACUCAAGACUCACCUACUGCCGGCCCCUCACACCGCCCACCUCACCUACACACGCCACCCCUGGUCCCUCGCCCUCAGGAAAGAGCUGUUUGCCCCAGGGGAGGUGCUGCAUGGGGAGGCACUGCACCUGGUCUUCUGCCAAGUGGUGCUGGACGUCUACAGCGGCACCACACCGAGGAUCACCGCAGAGCAGAGGGCACAAAUGAGGAAGAUGCUGGAUAACCGAGGCAUCACCCCCAACAACACCUUCUCCCCACACCACAAGAGCUCACUCAAGAGGGAAAUUAUUGAGCUUGCGAAGACCUGGCCGCUUUACUUUGCUGCCAUCUUCCCUGUGACUGGCUCACGGAAGACUGGGGAGGUUGAGAUGCUUGCUGUGUCUCAUUCUGGGGUGAAGCUGCUCAGGAAGGAACACGGGCACCACCUCACCAUCCUCAGCUCCUACAAUCGUGUAGAGGAGGCUGAGUGUGGCCGCUCUGGGUCCCUGAAGCUGGUUGUGGGCAGCGGGUCGAGUGCCGGCACCAGGGUCAUCCUUCACACCCCCAGAGCCAAGCAGAUCGCCGCGCUCCUCACCAAGUACCUCAGCAUCGAGACUCCGGGGAGCCGCGAGUAUGUGCGGGCCGUGGCAGACUACAGGGUUCGUGAAGGCCCUGGGCGGGAUCACUCGCUGCUGUGCUUCAGGAAGGGCGACAUCAUCAGGGUGACCGGGCCGGACAGAUAUGGCGAGAAUGGCUGGCUUCAGGGGGCUAUGAACGGACGCUCCGGCCUCUUCCCUGUGGACUACGUGGUGCCCAUCGGACGCGCCGAGGCAAGGUCCGCUGUUGCCGCCGCCGCCGCUUCGAAGACGGCGACGACAGCGGAGACGAUAACGACGACUACGGUGUCUCAGGCGCAGGUGGAGGUGGUGGACUCACUGGCGGAGAGCGAGGUGGAGGUGGCGCGCAUGGGCGGUGGAGGGUGGACGCAGCCCGAGCCGCCCCACCAGACCCUCAAUACCACGCACUCCACCAUUCAUCUACACGGCCACCACGACGACUCUGGCCACUCCUCGGGCGGCGAAGGAGGCGGCAUGGGCGGCCCGGGAAGCGUGAUGGGAGUGUCUAGCGUGGAAAUCGGAGGGCACAGAGGAAGCAGCCCGCCCGUGGUCCAUGAUGGAAAGCACUCACUCCUCCAGUUCGCGCUCCAGCACUUCCGGGUGUCCAAGGAGCAGGGCAUCGUGCAGCCUGACGGGACGCUGCAGACCAAGACCAAGAAGAAGAAGGCCAACAAGGACAGCCAAGCGGGAUGGACGUGGAAAGAACAGGUUGAGAUGGUGAAGUUCUCGCAGUCCCCCUUGAGCGCCUCGCUGCUGCCGCUGGAGGCCGAGCAGAGCCAGGUGGCCGUGGAGAGCUUCCUGGCCGUGAUGCGCUACAUGGGCGACUACCCGAUGGCGCCCCAGCAGACCGAGGUGCACUGCGUCUACACGAUACUCAUGAAUUGCCACAAGAAUCCUGUGUUGAGGGAUGAGGUGUACUGCCAGAUCAUGAAGCAGACCACAAACAACAAGUCCUCCAUCCCUGACUCCUGCCAGCGAGGGUGGCGCCUCUUCUCCAUCCUUGCCGCCUACUUCACCUGCUCCGACACCCUCAAGCCAUACCUCUUCAAGUACCUUGAGACAGCGGCUUAUGACAAGAGGAGAGCCUAUCACGGGACAGCGAUGGUGUGUCUGCAGAACCUCCGCAAAACUUUCAACUAUGGCGGCCGCAAGAAUGUUCCAAGCAUCGAGGAGAUCACGGCCAUCACUGCUGGACGCAACUCCAAGCGACAGAUUUACCGCCUGCCGGGAGGCACCGAGCGUGUCAUCAACACCAAGAGCACCUCAGUGGUCCAGGACAUCAUUGAGGAGAUGUGCAACCUGAUCAGUGUGCGGUCAACUCAGGAGCAGGAGGAGUACAGUCUCUACUGCAUUGUGGAGGGCGACACCUUCACCAUGCCCCUGGCACGGGAGGAAUACAUCCUCGAUGUCACUACAGAGCUCCUCAAGAACCAGCAGGUGUUCUACUUGAUCUUCUGCCGGAGUGUUUGGUACUACCCUCUGCGUCUGGACAAUCCUCUCUACUAUGAGGUCGUGUUUAACCAGAUUGCCCCAGACUACCUAGAAGGCCUUCUGCUCGUCACACCAGGGGAGCAGCUGCAGCAGGAAGUCAUUUAUGACAUAGCCAAGGUGGCGGCACUGCUGCACCGUGCCGCUGACCUUGAGGAGGUGCCCACCAUGAAGGAAGUGAAGUACCUGCUGCCCAAACCAGCCCUCACUGUGCGGGACGUCAAGCCACCACAGUGGGUCAACAUGGUACAGUCAGCCUGGCCUGAGGUGGCCUCCCUUACCAGCCUCCAGGCCAAGGCACAGGUCCUGGAGAUCCUGCAGUCCUGGCCGCUCUUUGGGUCCUCGUUCUUUGCAGUGAAGAGAGUGAUGGAGCCGAAGGAGCGCACAGACUACAUCCUCGCCCUCAACAAGAACGGUGUCCACUUCCUCGACCUUGUGACCCACGAGACGAUAACAAGGUACACUCUGGCGGAGGUGAUGAGCACUCGCAAGGUGAAGAGUGAGGACGAACUCUUCCUUGACAUGAAGUGUGGCAACCUGAUGCAGCAACGAAUCACCCGCAUCCAGACUGACCAGGCACACGAGAUAUCCCGCCUCAUCCGUCAGUACAUCACCAUCGAGCAGCGGGUAACAGGCCACGCCCGUGGAGACCACCCGAGGGACGUCACGCUCUCCAGAUGAAAGAAACUAUGCUCCCUAGAUGCCUUAGAUGUUACUGAUUCUCCCUGAGUGUGCCGAUGUUUGAGAAUGGUGGUUGGUGUUGAUGUGGCACUCUGCCUGCCACUCUCCAGACGAGGGGAAUAAUGUGUCGUAGAUUGUUGUUUCUCUUUAGGUGUGUCGGUGUGAGAAGGAUGGUCGAAAUUGAAAAGGACAUUGGAAAGCCAUUACUGUAUGUCAUGUUUUUGUGCUCUAUUUGAUGUUUUGAUUGUCCUUGUGUGUGCUAAGGUGAGAGUGGCAGUAGACAUUGAAAUGGGAGUGUAAAAAGCCACAGGGUUUGAUGUAGAGUCUUCCUGAGUAUGUUGAGGCAUGAGAAUGUGGCUGGUAUUGGAAAGGGAGCUGGAAGGACUUUGGGGCCUCAAGCUAUUGUACAGAAGUGUUCUGAAAAAUUAAUACUGAUACAUUUCACUAACACUCAAUUUACAUGAAGUUUACAAUAAUAUGGUUGUAUGACUUAUGAUACUCAGUAUUAUCAGUAUAUCUGUGUCGGUGUGACUCACUUGUGUGGUUCUGCAGGUGUUGCAUCAGGACUAUUCAAGAAAGUUAUUUUAGAGACUGAAAACUUCACAGCAGAAGUAAUGUAUUUAAGUGAGCAUCCCUGACCCAAGCAAGCAAUGUGGGCUGUUGAGAUGUGGCUCAAACCUUAAGCAAAACAAACUGCAGGGAGCUGGGAGCCUCAGUGCUGCCCAGGACACAGCAGGAAGUGGUUUUGUUGACUUGAUGCCGUCCAUUUGCCUCAUGCUUUAACAGUUUGUCUGUAUGUACAUGUAUGUGUGUGUGUGUGUGUGUUGAGUUGAGGCUGAUGAUAAAGAAUCUGACAAAAAGACAUUUCCCUAUGAGAUUAUCAUUAGAAAUGUGUAUAUAUGGUAUAACAAAGUGCUGGCCGGUGUGCAUGUGUGUGUUUGGGGAACGCGUGUGCAAGAAGUGGAGAGGGAAGUUCUAACAAGGCUCUGUCAUGAUGCCAUAUUACGUAUUAUAAGGGAACACAGAUGCGCCAGGUCUUGGGUCGCUGGACCAGACUUGGUCAGCUGAGGUGCUGCUGACCAGAAACUACACCAAUUUCUGACAACUUUGUUGACUUUUUAAAACUGCAUGUAUGAUGCAAAAAUUAUGAUCUAUUAUUCUAAAAUAUUACAUAUAUGAAAUUCCAGAAAUUUGCUUCUACCAAGAUAUUUUUAUAUUUUUAUAUAUUUUCUGUUCUUCCAGUCAGCAGUAGCUAACAUAUGCAUUUCUAUUAGUGACAAUUGUAAUCUAUUUCCCCGUUCAAUACUGGAUGCCGUGAAGCCUGAGGUGUGUAACAAGGACAAUGCUGGAGCCCAGACCUCUUAAAGCACUGCUCAAGUUUGUGAUGUGAUGUACAUGAUUGUUAAAGUGUUUUAUAUCUCACUAACUUUAUACAUAUAUAUACAGCUGUAACAAGAUUAUAAUAAAUGUUUAAGUGUA